CUUUCUUAUACCCACCGUGACCGAGCCGAUUAUUGUACAUCCCUCCCUCAUCGACGUGAUCAUGAACAGUCCCCAGCGUCACCGCCCGGAGUCUGGCGAGAAGCACGAUGAAAUGGAAGAGAACUGUAUCAUACAUGUGGGAGGCGGAGAUGGUGGUCCCACCGCGACCACAAAUGUCAGCCUUAUUCUACUUGGUCAAGCCUAUUGGAGGCGACCCUCUUGUGUCACGAACGCUCGCAGAAUCAGGAUUCGUGGCGGCGAUGAUCGAUCUUGAUUGACCUGCAUCUUUCUCUUUCUUCUGUGACGAAAAACAUCGUGUCCGUCACCCAUCUCUCCAGGUCUGAGUGCCGGACCACGGUCACUGAGCUUAAAUUCAGUUCGGUAGAUCCUAUGAACCCUUCUGGGACCCGUCUCCAACUUCUCUUGAUUCCGAAUUUCCAGUAUAUGAUUAUAUCAUAUCACUAGGGCCCACGUCCAUCUCCG